UAAUAUACAAUUAGGUUUUUUUUUUUUAAAGAAAAAAAAAUUUCGGUCCGAGGGGAAGAAGACUUUGCUCUCACUCUUCUUCUUUCCAUGGGGCUGUGACAUUUAUUCUCUCUUUCUAUCGACAUAAAAGCAGAGCCCCGGAAGAAAAUCUCCAAAGUUGAGUUUUUUUCGCUCAAAUUACUGCCACAUCUCAUAACCAAGUGCCUUCUGAAAGAAACUGAAGGCAGAGAAGCAGUGAAAGAGCUAGUGCAGAAGAGGAAAGGGGAGAGGGGAAUCAAUUGGUUUCAGUGAGGGCGAAAAAGAGCAGUUGGGUUUUGGUUGGUGAGGUCGGAAAUGGCAUUCUACUCUUUGAUUUGUUGCGGGAAGGGCUCGGAUCGGAGUGAGCGAGGGAAAAAGCAGCAAACUUGGAGGACUUUUUCAUUGAAGGAAUUGCACUCAGCGACGAAUAAUUUCAAUUAUGAUAACAAGCUUGGAGAAGGGGCAUUUGGAAGUGUUUAUUGGGGUCAGCUAUGGGAUGGAUCUCAAAUUGCAGUGAAGAGAUUGAAGGUUUGGAGUGACAAAGCAGAAGUUGAAUUUGACGUUGAGGUUCAGGUAUUGGGACGAGUUCGGCACAAGAAUUUGUUGAGCUUACGUGGCUACUGUGCUGAAGGACAAGAGCGUCUGAUUGUAUAUGACUAUAUGCCAAAUUUGAGCCUGCAGUCACAUCUUCAUGGACAGCACUCAGCAGAAUGCCAUCUUGAUUGGAAAAGGAGGAUAGAUAUAGCUAUAGGCUCUGCAGAGGGAAUUGCCUAUCUUCACCACCAAGCAACCCCACAUAUAAUUCAUAGAGACAUCAAAGCCAGCAAUGUGUUGCUAGAUUCUGAUUUCCAGGCUCGGGUUGCUGACUUUGGGUUUGCCAAGCUAAUCCCUGAUGGCGUAACACAUGUAACUACUCGAGUUAAGGGUACCCUUGGCUACCUUGCCCCUGAGUACGCCAUGUUAGGGAAGGUAAAUGAGUGCUGUGAUGUAUACAGUUUUGGCAUUCUCUUGCUAGAGAUUGCCACAGGCAAGAGGCCUAUAGAGAAACUGAGUGCAACACACAAACGAUCAAUUGCAGAAUGGGCUUUGCCACUUGCUUGUGAGAAGAAAUUCAGUGAACUGGUAGAUCCAAAGUUGAAUGGCAAGUAUGUUGAGGAAGAGCUAAAAAGGGUUAUUUAUGUUGCCCUUAUUUGUGCUGACAACCAGCCUGAGAAAAGGCCUGCCAUGCUUGAGGUGCUAGAGUUGCUCAAGGGAGAAUCAAAAGAAAAACUAGCUGAAUUAGAAAACAAUGAACUGUUCAAGAGACCCCAGGCAGCUGAAUCCACUGAUGUGACGUCAAGCGCGGAAGAGAGCUCAGAAAUUAUUCCAGAAGGGAAGGAUCCAAAACAAGUCUUCAAGGACGAUGAAAAAUGCUCAUAGUGGAUGAAGGAAUUGUGUGUAUGUGUAGAAUUUGUAACUCUCUCGUGUUUUGUGGUUUUUUUGCUGUUUGUUAUUAGAAUUGACGGCAAUGCCAAUAUGGGAAGCAUGUUUUUGGUGCGAGUGCUGUAAGGUUUGUUUGGUUUGUGGGGGCUUCACUUGUCUGAUACUAGUGUUUGUGUAUUGCUUCUGAGGUGUCGAUCUUUUUGAAUACCUUUCACAGUAUAUUAUUGUGUUUACUGUUGUGUACCAGGUUUACCUGGUAACUGUUAGAAUAAUCAGCUGUUUUUUUU